AUGGAGAAGAAACUUGUGAUUACGUUCUUUAUGUUUGUUGUUCUUCUUCAGUUAUCUGAGCUUCGUGCAGCUCAACUUCCACAGCAAGUGGAUAAAGAAAAAGGAAACAAGAAUAAUAAUUGGGCCUGGGCUACACGAGCAGAUAUGGCAUCCGAUAUUGCCCAAGAGUUGAUGGGAGAAGAGAAGUGUGAGGAGAGCGAUGAAGAGUGUAUGAAGAGAAGGAUGAUCAACGAAGCUCACUUGGACUACAUCUACACUCAAAGCCACAACAAGCCUUAA